AUGGCUAGGCCAAGGUAAUUUAUUUUAUUUUAAAAUUUUUAAAGUUAAAAUAUUUUACUGAGCCUAACCCUACCUUACCCUACCCUACACUACCAUACCAUACUAUACCCUACCCUACCCUACCCUACCCUACCCUACCCUACCCUACCCUACCCUACCCUACCCUACCCUACCCUACCCUACCCGACCCUACUCUAUCCCACCCUAUCCCAUCCUACCGUAUUCUACACUACCAUACCCUCCCAUACCUUACCCUAACUACUCUAUCUUACCACAUUCUACCCUACAGUAACCUGUCCUUCCUUCCCCGUACUCCUGCCCUGUUAUUUUACCCUACCUUAUUCUACUCUACCUUUUCUAAACUUACCCUACCCGUUAAUAAUAACCUAACUUUCAGUGACUCCCCGCGAACCUCAACCGACUACGAAGUAGCGGCCGAAGAGUUGGUAGCAUUAAUGAGUCUACGUGGUGUCGAAGCCAAAUCUCAUAUUGAUUCAGAAUUCGGCGGAAUCUCAGGGCUAUGUCGACGAUUAAAAACAGAUCCAUUCCAAGGAAUAUCAACAAAUGAAAAUGACAUUUCAAAAAGAAAAGAGCUUUAUGGACAGAAUAAGCUAGGGCAUGGGCGACCACCCCAGUUUCGGGAUGUUUUGAAGGAAACGGCUAUGGUAAGUUUUAAAAUAUUUUUUUAAAUUACCUCGCCUUACUUUAUCCUACUCUACCCUAUGCUAUCUACUUUACCCUACCCUACUCUACUCUUCCGUACCUUACCCUACCUACCCACCGCACCCCUACCCUACCCUAACCUACCCUACCCUACCCUACCCUACCCUACCCUACCCUACCCUAACCUACCCUACCCUACCCUACCCUACCCCUACCCUACCCUACCCUACCCUACCCUACCCUACCCUACCCUACCCUACCCUACCCUACCCUACCCUACUCCAUACUAUCCUACCCUACUCUCAUUACCUGCCCCACCCUACCCCAUCCUAUUUUACCCUGCCGAGCCUGUCCUGCCCAGCUUGCCCCUUUCCUACCCUGCUUUGCUCUGCCCUGCUGCCAAAGACAAAGCAAGGUUAGACAAGAAAGAGCUGAGCAAGGCAGUGAAGAGCACGGCAAGGCAAGUAAGAGCACGGCAAGACAUAGCAGGGCAGGGCGACGUAAGUUAAGCAAGGCAUGGUAAUGAAGUCAGGGUAAAGCAGAGCAGGGUAGGAAAAAUCCAUGCCCUCUCUGCCCUACCCUACCUAAUUUUCUAAAUUUAGAAAUUUUUUUUAAAUUUUAAAAAAGUUUUAAAAAUUUCAAAAUUUUUUUUUAAAUUUCAAAAUUUCAGUCCCUCCGCCCAAUAAUCCUCGGAAUGGCAGCAAUCGGCUCAACGGCCGCAUGUUCCUCAUUCUUCAUCAAUAACCGACGGAUGGUCCGCGCAGCCGAAGCCUCAACCCUAGUUGUAGUGUUCGCGGCCGUUGUUGUUCUAAUUGGAGCCUUUGUCAGAUUUCAAAAAUUAAAAACUCAAUACAUUACCGACGAAAAGGCCAAGAAAAAAGCAUGGACAGAGCUGUUUUCGAAUCAAUGUUAUUGUAUUCGAAAUGGCAAACAGACAAAGGUUGAAGCUUUAGAGUUGGUUUGUGGGGAUGUGGUGGAGAUCAAUAAGGGUAAGAGUUUUAAUGUUAUGGUAUAUUUUUGAAGAAACGACGGUUUUUUGUGGCUAAGGUAAAAUUAAGUAUGAAACAGCUUGGUUAUGAUUAAAUUACUAUGAAGUCGAGGUAAACUUAACUUAUUGUAUUGCUAUAGAACUAUGGUAAGAAUUAUGGCACAAAAAGCAAGGGUAGAGUCAUGCAGAAUAGGAUCGGUUAAAGUAAGGUAAAUUAAGAUAGGCUUAGAAGUAAGUGUGGAUAGGGGUGGAGGUAUAUUUAAGGGCUAUUGUAAGAGCUGGGAUUGUAGUAAGAGCUUGGAUAGAGAUAAAUGUAGAGGUAGGUGUAAGGGUAAGGGUAAGAGCACAAAUAGUACUAGAGAUAUGUAGCGCUACGGUUAAAAGCUAGAGCUGUGGUAAGGCUAGGGGCAGAGAUCAAAGUAAGGGUAGAAGUAGAGAUAAAGGCGGGGACAGGAGUAGAAGGAGGGCAGGGGAAGGCAAGCCAAUGCAAGGCAAGUCAAGUCAAGUCAAGGCAAGGCAAAGCAAGGCAAAACAGAGCAGGGCAGGGUAAUAAAGUUUGCUAUUUUCAGGUGACCGCCUCCCAGUUGACGGUGUUCUACUACAAGCCUGGGAUCUAAAAGUAGAUGAAGUUACCCUAUCCAAUACUCAAUUUGAAAAAGAAAUCGUUCUACGAAAGUCGCGAGACCAAGACCCCUUACUUUUCGCUGGAUCACAGGUAGUUGAAGGUAAUGCCAAGGUGUUAGUUACAGCCGUUGGCAACAAUAUUCAACUACAACAACCGCAUCCAAGCCCUCCGGCGUCACCUCGUUAA